UUAAAAACAAUCCAUAUGCAUUUCGUAUUGAAUAUUAAAACGGUUAUCUAAGUCAGAUUCUCAAAAUGAAACUUGUUAUUGUCCUUGUCACAGUGCUGGCCAUUGCCAUGGCAGCUCCAGCACCAGAUGAGCAUGCGGAAAUUUUAAAAUUGGACUCCCAUGUAGAACAUGAUGGCUAUAGUUUUGAUAUGGAAACCAGCGAUGGCACAUCUCGCCAUGAAGACGGCAAAGUAAAGGAUUUUGAUUCGGAACAUCCAGCUAUUGUUGUCCACGGCACCUAUACCUGGAAGGAUGAACAUGAUGGUAAAGUUUAUACCGUCAACUAUGUUGCUGAUGAAAACGGCUUCCAACCUACUGGUGAACAUAUUCCACAGUUACCUGCCAUCACUCACUCAGAAUAAAGUAAGGUUAUGGCAUUAAGUAUGAAGACAUUGAUAGAAACCAUGUGAAGGGUAUUAGAAACUUUUAAAUUAAUAAAUAUUAAAUGCAGCAAUAA